AGAAGAGAAAGAUGGCGUAUAGAGAAAUCAAGUGACCGCUCUGUUAAAAGUUAAAACCCAGACGAAACCUCCGAUCGCCUUCCUCUACAUACACCUAUACAGGGCUUUUAUCAUCCCUCGAUGACUCUAAGCCGUUACUCCGACAACCACAAACGGAAAUUCGACGAUAACGGCGUUGAUAAUAAUAUCCUCCACAAGAUGAAGAGGCACGAGGUCGACGCCGAUCACACCUCCCCGUCGCAGCAACCGUUCAAUCCUUGGAGAUCCGAUGAGAAUUCCCCCCAGAACCGGUACGAGUACUCUUCCUCCUCCUCCUCCACUGAGUCGUCAACUCGCUCCGAGUCAACUCGGUUGCAGCUCUUCGUGAGGAUGGUGUCCGGAGGGAAGACGAUCGUGAUCCAGGCGGAUAAGAGCGACACGGUGGAGAAUCUCCACCAGAGAAUCGAGCUGAAGACCAAGAUUCCGGUGAAUGAGCAGCGUGUAAUCUACAAAGGGAAGCAGCUACAGGACGAGCGCCCCUUGAGCUACUACUCCAUCCCGCAAGACUCGUCUCUCCACCUCGUUGGCCGUAUGCGUAGCACAGAUCACCCCGUGGCUUGCCGAGUUGUUGAUGACAUCAUGUACAUUGUCUCUCGAAUGCACAGCGGAGGAGGAGGAGGCGAGAACAACAACCUCCCUCAAGGGAUGUCUAUCAACGAGAAGCUUUCUUCUUUCUUCUCCGCGAUUCCUAGAGAAAGCGGCGGCGAUGAUAAUUCGUAUAUCGAUUCUACUGAGAAAUAUCUUACAAUAUUCACAAAUUCUUCGGUGCCAGCUUCUCUCGUCAUGCUAUAUACUUCCCCCUUAGAAGCUAACAAAUCAUGUGGGGAGAGUUCGAUUAAGCUCUUCUUGAAUAGCUGCUUAGCAUUGCCUGAUGAGCAGCAGAGCUGUUGUUUACCCGUUGUGUUGGAGUUUUGUAGAUUGCUUAGGAGAGUGUGCCCUCACAACAGCCUUUACGGAUCGUGCCGGAACACUCUGGGAUCGUUGCUGGAAACUGUUCAGGAGCUUGUUGAUAAGUCUGGCACAGAGUUCACUAGUUUACAUUAUAGAUUGUUGACUGUUGGGGAAGAGAUUUUGCCUUGUUUAAGCGAGUUAGCUGAUCUUAUGGAGCAGCAGUUGUAUGAUGAUAACUUAGGGCCUAGUUUGUAUGACGUUCAGAAGUUCUCUUCCUUUUGGAGACCCUUGAGGUACGCUAUUGAUUUCCAGCUCUCUAGCUUAAUCCCCUUUGCUUUGCCUCUGAGAAGUACAGUUUUGGAGGCCGAGGUGGCGCGGAUUUGUCAGAUAUUUGGAAGGUUGUUGACUACAAUGCAUAUCUGUAUGUUGAGAAUCGAGUCUUCGUUGGGUGGGAGAGGAGUUGCCAACACUGAAGCUAUGCCUUUGAAGUGGGGUCAGUAUCUUAAUAUUCUGAAGAUUGUCAGUUCGAUGUCUGAACUCUAUCAAGGUGGUAAGGAAAAGGUUGUUAGUCUUAUUAACUCCAGGAAGGUUCCGUUCUGCGCUCUCAUUCUGAAGUUUGUGAAGAGAGGGGAUGAUCAUGGGUGGAUCUCUGAGUACAGGGAAGCUACAACCUUUGAAUGUAGGAGGCAUUUGGCGAUGAUGUUGUUUCCUGACGGUAAAGAAGACUAUUCGGAGAUGCACGAAAUGCUCAUUGAUCGGUCCCAAGUGUUAAAAGAAUCGUAUGAGUACAUAUCACAAGCAAGCCCAGGGGGGCUUCAUGGUGCACUGUUUAUGGAAUUCAAGAAUGAGGAAGCUACAGGUCCUGGUGUGUUGAGAGAAUGGUUCUACUUGGUGUGUCAGGAGAUAUUUAGUCCUGGAGGAACCCUCUUCCUUCGAUCGCCUGAUGAUUUCAGAAGAUUCUCUCCUAAUCCAGCAUCCAAGGUGGAACAAUUGCAUCUUGGGUACUUCAAGUUCGCUGGUCGUGUGAUUGCUUUAGCUUUGAUGCACAAAGUUCAAGUGGGGGUGCUAUUCGACCGUGUCUUCUACCUACAGUUGACCAACCAGACAAUCUCUUUGGAAGAUAUCAAGGAUACGGACCGAGUCAUCUACAACAGCUGCAAACAGAUUCUAGAGAUGGAUCCAGUGUUUUUCGAUUCAAACGCAGGUCUCGGUCUGAACUUUGUGUUGGAAACAGAGGAGCUAGGAAAAAGGGAGACAAAAGAGCUAAUUAAAGACGGGAAGUCCACAGCUGUUGACAGCAAGAACAGGGAGGAAUACGUCAAGCUCCUAAUCAGUGAACGAUUCGUCACAUCAGUGUCCGAGCUAGUAGAGAAAUUUUCAGAGGGCUUCUCUGAUAUACUUUCAGUUCCUAUACAGUCUUUCUUCCGUCACUUAGAUCUAGAGGAUUUUGAUGGGAUGCUUCGUGGAGGAGAGAAUCAGAUUAGCGUAGAUGAUUGGAAAGCGCAUACAGAAUACAACGGGUUCAAAGAAACCGACCGCCAAAUAGACUGGUUCUGGAAGAUUCUGAGGAAGAUGACAGAGGAAGAACGGAGGAGUGUACUCUUCUUUUGGACAUCCAAUAAGUUCAUACCGUUGGAAGGGUUUAGAGGGUUGUCAUCAAAGCUUUAUAUCUACAGGUUACAUGAAGCUAAUGAUCGUCUUCCAACGUCUCAUACUUGCUUUUACCGUCUCUGUUUACCAAAGUACCCGACGAUGGGUCUCAUGGAACAGCGACUAAGGUUCAUCACUCAAGAUCAUGUCAGCUCCAGUUUCGGUAAAUGGUGACUAAAUUAUCAAAGUGGUCUCUCUCUCUCUCUCUCUCUCUCUCUCUCUCUGAUCUUUAGGUUCUUAGGUUGGUGCUUUUGGUGUAUAUAUCAUUUAUGGUCAGCCUCUGUUUAUGACCGGGAGAGAGAGGUGAAACCUUUCUUUAACUUCUGCUUCUUUAACUUGAGGAUAAUUAAUUAAUUUUAUGGUAGGGGGGAAUGAAAAGUUUAAAAAAAAAACACUGUUUCACUUUCAUCA